AUGUUCAUGUUUGCGCUGUCUCUACUCGCACUGGUGUCCAAAGGAGAGCUGGCGUGUCUGCGGAGCUCCACCGAUGAAGUUUUUGUUGAUGAAGAGGGUGCAAAAUCUUACUUGAGUCGCCGCCUGUUGCUGAAUCGUUUUGAUUUUGAAAUCUUUGUUCCUGGAAACUUGGAGAGGGAGUGUUUCGAAGAAAUUUGUAAUUAUGAAGAGGCCAGAGAAGUGUUUGAGAACAACGAUCAAACAGAUAUCUUUUGGAAGACCUACACUGAAGAUAAAGGCCAGCGACCGAACAGAGUUGACGUGACAUCUCUCUUGAUUGGGCUGAUUGCAGCUGCUGUGGUUCUUGUUCUUGGGGCCCUCCUCACUUGGUAUUACUGUCAGGGCAAAUAUAAAGACAUGAGCCGAGCCAGUUCAAUCCGUGUUCGCACAAGGAGAAGUAAUGCAUCUGUUGUUAUUCAACGGUUAGAAGAAGUAUCUUUGCAGCCUGUGAAUCCACAAAUGGACCGUUUCCAUGGGACAAAUGCACCAGGGCUUCCUUCAUAUGACCAGGCUAUUGCAAACAGCGGACAGUAUGAUGCCCCACCGCCGCCUUAUCCUGGAUCAAGACCUGGCAGUGCAAGACGGUAG